GGGCUGUUUUGGCCCGCCAGGUUGUCGCCUAGUCUAUCCCAGCGCGGGGCCUGCGGCUGGCUCCUACCCUUCUUUCCUUGCUGGCGGGAAGACUGGACGCAGUCAGGACUUGGUGAUGUCCUGGAUGGAGGCUGAGGAAGGCCUGUGCGCCGAAGGUGCAGCCUUGGGCUAAGGCUGCGGACCGGGGUGGCGUCCGUGGCGGGGGAGGGGUGGCCUCCUGCGCUGGGAGCCUCCAGGGACCUGAGGCGCGACGAACAGUCGGCGCGUUUGGUAGGCGCGCCUGCAGAGCUUUCAGCCUCCGCGCCGGCUGCCCCGGUUUCUCGGCGAGGAGAGCAGGGCCAUGCGGCCUACGUAGCCGAGUCGUAAUCAACCGGUAGUGUGGUGCGACCGCCCCCAGAGCCUCCCGCGGCCCACGGCGCACAGCCCUCCUUACAGCCUUGAAAAAAUGACAGAUCUCGUAGCUGUUUGGGAUGUUGCUUUAAGUGACGGAGUCCACAAGAUUGAAUUUGAACAUGGGACUACAUCAGGCAAACGAGUAGUAUAUGUAGAUGGGAAGGAAGAGAUAAGAAAAGAAUGGAUGUUCAAAUUAGUGGGCAAAGAGACAUUCUAUGUUGGAGCUGCAAAGACAAAAGCAACCAUAAAUAUAGAUGCUAUCAGUGGUUUUGCUUAUGAAUAUACUCUGGAAAUUAAUGGGAGAAGUCUCAAGAAGUAUAUGGAGAACAGAUCAAAAACCACCAAUACUUGGGUAUUACACAUGGAUGGUGAGAACUUUAGAGUUGUUCUGGAAAAAGACACUAUGGACGUAUGGUGCAAUGGUAAAAAAAUGGAGACAGCAGGUGAGUUUGUAGAUGAUGGGACUGAAACUCACUUCAGUAUCGGGAACCACGACUGUUACAUAAAGGCUGUCAGUAGUGGGAAGCGGAAAGAAGGGAUUAUUCAUACGCUCAUUGUGGAUAAUAGAGAAAUCCCAGAGAUUGCAAGUUAAUGAAUUUUAACCUUAAGAAGUAAAGAUCAGGACUUUUUAAUUACUGUGGUAAUUAAAUGUGUUCAGUAUGUACUUAUUAGUACAUUUAGUCUGCAAUGUUUUUAUUUUUUAAAAAGUUACAUGAAACUGUAACAUUCCAAGGGUCAGGAAAAAAAACAAUUAGGUACAGUCAUAAAAAUUACAAUUUAUGAUGCAAAUAAUGUUACAUGUUUUAAAGACAAAUGGAAAGUAAGAUAUGGACCAAAGUCACUAAUGUUUUACAAAAGUAACCUUUACUGUAAUAAAUACU